AUGACCUUAUCCAAACAUGUCGACGCCGAAAAGAUGGAGUCCUCCCUCUUGAAGGCCACCCGUAAUAAGUUUAACGUGGCCAAGACCGACAGAUACCUUUCGAGCUACAAUGCCAAUGUUCAGAUCCCAAAAUAUUCCAUACCGCAAGAUUCCACCCUGCCAGAAUUGGUUUCCCAGUUGUUGCAAAGCGAAUUGACCCUUGACGGGAACCCUACUUUGAACUUGGCGAGUUUUGUCAACACGCACAUUGACCCUGAAGCCGCUGCAUUGGUUGCUUCCAACCUUGUGAAGAACUUGGCCGACAACGACGAGUACCCAGCCUUGUUGGAUAUCCACCAGCGUUGCGUCUCCAUCAUCAGUGGGUUAUGGCACGGUAACGCCCACAAGGCCGUCGGCUCGGCUACCACUGGCUCCUCUGAGGCCAUCAUGCUCGGUGGGUUGGCCAUGAAAAAGACCUGGCAGAACAAGAGAAAGGCGGCUGGAAAGGAUAUCUCCAACCCAAACAUCUUGAUGGCUACCUGCGCCCAGGUGGCGCUCGAGAAGUUUGCCAGGUACUUUGACGUCGAGGAUCGGUUGAUUCCGGUAUGUGCUGAGUCCGACCACAUGAUUGAUGUUUCCAAGAUCAGAGAAAAUGUAGACGAGAACACCAUUGGUAUCUUUGUGAUUGUGGGGUCCACUUUCACAGGCGGGUUCGAACCUGUCAAGGAGAUCUCGGAGUUGUUGGACACUAUCCAAAAGGAGACCGGCAUCGAUGUUCCUAUUCAUGUGGACGGAGCCUCCGGUGGGUUUGUCGCUCCCUUCGUAUUCCCAGACUUGGAGUGGGACUUCCGGGUGCCACGAGUGGUGAGUAUCAAUACCUCAGGCCACAAGUUUGGUCUCGUCACAGCUGGUUUGGGCUGGAUCAUCUUCCGCGAUGCCGCCUACUUGCCAGAAUCCUUGAAGUUCCAGUUGGACUAUUUGGGUGGGAUUGAGGAGACCUUCACCCUCAACUUUUCCAGACCAGGGUUCCCGGUCAUCCACCAAUACUACAACUUUUUGAAAUUGGGCCGUAAAGGGUACACCGACGUGUUUAAGAGUUGCUUGCAGAAUGCGAGAUUGUUGGCCAACUGCUUGGAUUACUCCGAGUACUUCACCACCGUGUCGAACAUUCACAAGCCUAUACUCGGAGGAGUGGUUUCCAAGGAUUUGGGAGCUGACGAGAAGUUUAAUCCAGGCUUGCCAGUGGUGUCAUUUAGGUUCUCGGACGAAUUUGUGAAGGAGUACCCUGAGAUUCCGCAAUCGAUCAUCUCCCAGCUUUUGAGGGCGAAGGGCUGGAUUGUGCCAAACUACAAAUUGCCGCCUAGUGAAUCUAAUAUUGAGAUCUUACGUGUGGUUGUCAGAGACUCUGUCACUUUGGAUUUGUUGGACAAGUUGUUGUCUGAUAUCAUCGACUUGACCGAAAAGUUGAUCCACUCCGUUCAGUUAAUCAGAAACAUGGAGGGCAAAGAUGUCAAGCAGAAUACCUCUGACAUCUAUGCUAUCCUUUACAGUAUGGCUAGUGAGGGUAAGGUCACUAUUGCCGACAUUCAAAAGAAUUUUGCUGCCAAGGAUUCACACCCUUCGAGUGGCAAGCCCUACCGCGCCACUUGUUAG